AUGGUUGCGUUAGACCUGAAAAAGUGCAGUACAUGGGAAGAAAAAUUAGAACUAGUUACUGCUCACUUUUCGAAGAAGAUUGAUAUGUUCAGUGUUGAAAAUCAAAAACUGUUAUUUACAACGGUUUAUGAUCAUAUAAUCACUAUGCAAGAUUAUGAUAUAUCAUAUUCAUUACCACCCUUAAAAUCAUCUGUAGUACUAUUAAAACCUACACUUACGCCUAUCACUUUUCUUGAAGAGAAUUAUGGUUUACAUAAGGUUACUGAAAGUGCAGUGCAAAAUCAUUACAUAGAAGGUACUCAUGUCACAAUGAUGGAAAAAUAG